AUGGCGUUUAAUCACAAUUAUCAGGUAGAAUAUCCUAGACGGGUUUCGUUGGAUAACAGUCCGCUACAAGCGAGUAGUUCGAUCUUAUCAGAUUCGCAAUCGCUGUGGGUCUUGUUUAGUCCAUCUUUGCAGACUCCUAUAGCAAAUGAAUCGGAUAUUCUCUCGCUCACAAAUAAUACACGUACAGACACAGAUGCAGAGUCGGUAGAAGGAUCAAGUUCAGUGUUACUGGAGGCCCAAGAUAGGUCUUUUUCGUCAGAAGAAUGGACUCGGCUGGAUGUGGUGCAACAGGGUGUUAAUUCAGAGACAACGGAACGACGUAGGGCGGGACUGCAGUCAGAGAGUGACUCGUUGAUAGAUCACCUUGCUGGAAGUGAUGUAGGAGGGUUUAAGGGCCAGGUGGAGGGUGGUGGCCAUCCAGCAGCGGUCACAAGAGGUCGCCAAAGUCGCUUAUUUGAAACCCCGGGGUCGGAGUUGCACAGACGCAUUAAUAAAUGGCGAAAUAACAACCUCGACGAGAUGGUGGACGAUAAUACGGCAUCUUGGGAUUUAGAUGAAGACCUCAGCCUGCAACCAGGUCCUGCGGAAACUGAACGCACCAAGAGGCCGUUUUACGGAGAUGACGUAUUCGCUAAAUUAUCUGAGCAAGAAUACAUAAAUUUCAGGAACGUGGAAAAGAACUUGAAACAGUCGCUCGAAGCCCUGAACAAUCCUACCUACAUACCAUUUAUUAUUAACCAUAUCUUGUAUAAGCUUGCCCAUUCCUCGGCAAAUGCGGUGGAGCAGCCAUCACUUGGAACCUUGAAAACAGAGCUUCAAAAAUACUCAUCCUUGCUCAAGGAAAACAACACACAAUCGUUCUUGGACUCGAUAAUCGAAAAUCACUUGAGGAACUCCCAUAUGAUGCACGUUUCCAACACAAGACGUCCUAUUUCUGACACUACUUCGGCCUCGUCGUUGAUCCUUUGUGGUGGCUCCUGGAACGAAUUGUGA